AAGGUAGUGUUUUUCAUCAGUAUAUUUAAACUUCCUCUAAACGCAUAUUAGUCAGUGGAAUGCUCAGGGAAAAUAGAAGUCUAGUGAGUAAAAAAGUAAAGUUCUUGUAGAUUAUUGUUUCCAUAACCACGAGAGCUAGUAUGUCCGUCAUGAUUCCAACGGGUUUAGGAGUUAUUUGUCUGCUUGUCGUAAUUAACUCAGUCCAUGCAGUCGAAAUUAAUACUUCUUACGAUGGAUAUUCCUUAUUUCGGAUUACGCCUCAAACGGACACACAGCUACAACACCUUUUAAAACUCAACGCCAAUACUUCGAGUGGGCUGGAUUUUUGGCUCCGAUCAACAGCCGUUAACAAUUCUGCGGAUGUACUGGUGGCGCCCUCUGCGAAGGAGCCUCUCCUAAAGGAUCUCAGAGAUCUAAAGAUCACCUUCAAAAUUCUCAUUCAGGACGUUGGAAAGCUCAUCAGAGAAGAUAAACUGGCACCAAUUACUGUUCCUCCAGGGUUCGAAUUUUUUGGAAAAUAUCAGUCUAUUGAAGAUAUCAAUGCAUACCUGGCACAUAUUGCUUACAACGUAACGAAAGGAGUAUAUCUCAUGAACCUUGGGUAUUCUUAUGAAGGAAGACCACUGCCUCUAAUACGAGUAACAACCAAUCCUUACAUACAGAAACCAGCCAUUUGGAUUCAAGGGGGCGCGCAUGCAAGAGAGCAAGUUGGAGUAGCAGUAGUUGUGUAUAUAGCUCAAAAGUUGAGCAGUUUAUGUGAAGAAAGGGUCGAAAUCUGCACUCUGGUGGACGCUUUUGAUUGGUACAUUCUCCCUGUUGCCAACCCUGAUGGAUACGAAUAUUGCCAAAAUGUGGACCGACUUUGGAGGAAAACACGUUCUAUCAACCCAGAGAAUCCAGAAUGUGUAGGUGUAGAUGCUAACAGGAAUUGGGAUUACAAAUGGAGUGAUGCGGCCGGCUCAAGCAAAGAUCCCUGCUCGCACAACUACGCGGGCCCCAGCGCCUUCUCCGAGCCUGAGACUAAAUCCGUGGCCCAGUUUAUGCUGGACAAGCUGAAGGGGCGAUUGCUGCUCUUCCUCGAUUUCCACAGCUAUUCGCAGCGGUGGCUCACGCCCUGGGGAUACACUUCGCAGUUGCCGCCCAACUACGACGAGCAGAAAAGCCUUGCUGAAGUGGCGACGUCGGCUAUUGCAAAAGUGAAUGGCACCAAAUACUCUGUCGGAUCGUCGGGCAGUAUUUUAUAUACCGUAAGUGGCGGGGCACGAGAUUGGGUGUACGGUGUGGCCGGGGCCCGCUACAGUAACGUCGUCGAAGUUCGAGACCUGGGCGACUUUGGAUUCGUGCUGCCCAGACGGCAAAUAUGGCCGACCGUCGUCGAAACAUGGGCCGGAGUGCGGGCCAUGGGGCUCGAACUGUACCGACGCCUCGCCCGAGAAGAGCUCGAGAACCUACGAGCAUUAACUGCUGGUGCCCAGAAGCACACUGUCGAGGAAUAUUACUGAUACUGAACUGUAUGCUUUUUUUUAAUAAACUGGUUGAGAAAUCAGCUUAUUUUCAUUUUUGCGUUGUGACAACGUUUCUUCUUCUUAUUAUUAUUUUAUUGAAAGCAAAAUAUUUAUUAAUGGAAAUGCAGGUAUGAUAGUUAUCGGAAAAUGAUAAAUGUUGAAUUCUCUAUUGAAGAGCUUGUGUGAUUGGGAAAUCAAUUUGAAUUAAAUUCUAAACAUCGACAGUUCAAUAUUUUAAAACAAGUUUCAACUUAAUCUGAAUACUUGAACGUAUGUACAUGA